CCAAACUUUUGCCACUGGAAGUAGGGGAAGAACUUAAGCCACCCCGCGGGGGACGACGUGAACUGCAGCGGCGGCUCAAAGCCCGGAUGGAGCAGCCAUUGGGGAAGUGUACAGGGUUUUAACGUAACUGAGGAGUGCUCUCUCUCUCUCUCUCUCUCUCUGGAAUAAUAAAGACAAAGUCAAAGGCGGCAGAGAAUAGAAAGAUUCAAGAACCGAAAUAUCCACUCGGCGACAUAUAACGUCAACCCGAAAACCUGUGCCAGGACUUGACUCUUUUCGGGCACAGUAUCCGAGGCGACAAGACUUGAACUGUGGAAGUUGGGAUACGUGCACACAGCGGAAAAUAUACAGCUGAGCCUGCGCUACAACUGCUAGCCACACGCUAAGCGGCACCACUAGCCACAUAGCUAACUGUAACUGAGCUGUGAACUUGCUUUCAAAUCACGGGGCUUGAAAAUCCAGUCACAAGCCCGGGCUCUGUGAAAAUCCAAUCCAGGGAUUUGCUUAAUGAAUUAUGUCUGCCACAAGCAUUGACCCUCAGAGAUCAAAGGGACAAGCAUCUAAAGUGCAAAAUGGUUCACUACAUCAGAAGGAGACUGUCCAUGACAAUGACUUUGAGCCAUACCUCACUGGUCAAUCAACUCAGAACAACAGCUACCAGUCCAUCACCGACCCCUACCUGUCCAGCUACUACGCCCCCUCCAUUGGCUUUCCAUACCCCCUCAGUGAAGCUCCCUGGUCCACAGGUGGGGACCCUCCUAUUCCGUACCUGACCCCCUAUGGACCUUUGAGUAAUGGAGACCAUCACUUCAUGCCAGACACAGUGUUUGGCCAGCCAGGGGGCCUGGGAAGCAGCAUCUACCCUCACAGGUUUAACUUUUUCCCUGAAAACCCUGCCUUCUCUGCUUGGGGCACAAGUGGUUCCCAGGGUCAGCAGACUCAAAGUUCGGCCUACGGUGGCAGCUACAGCUAUCCUCCCAGCUCCCUUGGGGGCACCCUGGUACCUGAUGGGCAGACAGGUUUUCACAGUGACACUCUCAACAAAGCCCCUGGUAUGAACAGCCUGGAGCAAGGUAUGGUUGGAUUGAAAAUCGGAGGGGAUGUCACUGGUCAGGGAUCAGGAGUCAAGGCUGUGGGAUCUGUGAUUGGUGGACCUGCGGUGGCAGCCACAGGAAACGGAGCCACACCUAUCGGGAUGCCUCCACCCAAACCCACCUCCUGGGCUGCCAUCGCCAGCAAACCUGCCAAGCCACAGCAGCUAAAAGCUAAGGUGAAACCAGGGAUGCCCAAUCCAGGUGGGGCUCUUCCCCCACCACCAAUCAAACACAACAUGAACAUUGGGACCUGGGACAAGGGCCCAGUGACUAAAGUAGCCACAGCUCCACUGCAGCAACAGCAGCAGACUCUCAGUCUGCCUCAUGCUUUGCCACCUCAAGGCCCCAUGCAGCAAGGACCAAUGCAGCCUCCCCCUCCCCAGUCUUUGGUGCAGCCCCAGAUGCAACCUAUGGCCUUACAGCCCCAGCCCCCCCAUCACCAGCACCAUCAGCCUCCACCUCAGCCCUACCAAAACCACACCCAGCCCCCACAACCCCAAACCCGCUGGGUUGCCCCACGUAACCGUAACCAAGGCUACGGACAGGGUGGUCCCAGCUAUGAUGGUAGUGGUAUGAUGGGUAUGGUUAGUAGUGGGAACAGUGGACCCCACCCUUCUGCCAGCCAGGGACCUGGUGUGGAGUCCCACCCAGUGCUGGACAAGUUGCGUGCCUCCCAUAGCUACAACCCUAAGGACUUUGAAUGGAACCUGAAGAACGGUCGUGUUUUCAUCAUUAAGAGCUACUCCGAGGACGAUAUCCAUCGCUCCAUCAAGUACUCCAUCUGGUGCAGCACAGAGCAUGGUAACAAGCGGCUGGACUCGGCCUUCCGGGCAAUGAACGGCAAAGGCCCAGUGUAUCUGUUGUUCAGUGUCAAUGGCAGUGGUCAUUUCUGCGGUGUGGCAGAGAUGCGGUCACCAGUGGACUAUGGCACCAGUGCUGGUGUUUGGGCACAGGACAAGUGGAAGGGCAAGUUUGACGUGGACUGGUUGUUUGUUAAGGACGUGCCUAAUAGCCAGCUGCGCCACAUCCGUCUGGAGAACAACGACAACAAGCCAGUGACCAACUCCCGUGACACCCAGGAGGUUCCUCUGGAGAAGGCCAAGCAGGUGCUCAAGAUCAUCGCCACCUACAAACACACCACCUCCAUCUUUGAUGAUUUCUCCCAUUACGAGAAGAGGCAGGAAGAAGAGGAGGAGGUUCGCAAGACUUUUGAACCUUCUCAGUUACAGAAUCGCUCUCGGUUGGAUCAGGAGCGCCAAAGCAGGAAUAAACAAUAGAAGACAUUUAUCCUUGGCUUGAUCAACAGUUACACUAGAACUUUUGAUUUAAGAGACAGAAGAAUAUGAAAAUGCAAACAAGCCCUUCAUUUUUUUUUUCUAUUUAAUCCCGGUGAAUCUCUGCCAUUGUUGAGACUUGUGCUUUUUUUGCCCCAUGUACCACCCACUUCUUGUGCAGGGAUAACAAGCUAAUUUAAUGUAUUACCUAGCCACCAUCGCAGUCUUGAGUUCUUUUUUUUUUUUUUUGGUUUGUUUUUUUUUUAGAUAUUUUUCUUCCCGUUCCAUCUUGUACUCUUCUCUCACCAGACUGGUUUUCUCUCUCCUGCCCCCACCCUCUCCUCUUCCCAGUUGAAUCAGGGUUUGACUGCACCAUGGAGAAAAAAAAAAUCUGCCACUUUAUAUUUCAGUACAAUCAGGAACGGAUAUGUCCUGCCCCUAUUUGUCCAUUUGGGGGCAACAUUGCCAUGCUUCAGAGGUUUAACUGUGCCAACAGGGUUGGAGGAUUCCCAAAGGCAAUGUAGGACUUGGAGCUGUGCGAUUAUAAAACUUCAAUGUUUUAUCUAUUUUUCAUUCAGAUCGACAAAAUCUCUAUAUUUUGGCUUACUACUGACAAUUUUCAUUUCAGAAAUCUGUUUUCUGGAGCCUUAAUGUUUUUUUUCUAAUUAUUGGUGACUUCUCAAAAGAACUGCUCAUACAGUGACACUGCUGGAGAAAUCAGGGAUAGUGUGAAGUCACACGGGACUAGAGACAUUACUGAGGAGGAAUUGCAAGGGCCUCUGGGAAAGAAAUAAUGGAUGUGUCCUCCACAGCCAGAACUCUCACCAUUUAAGUCAAAAAUUGUACUAUUGACAUUCUUCACACCCCUCUGCUUUGCUUUGUUUUAAUGUUUGUCUUUUGUACGUUUCAUCAGGAGAUUCUGCUUGUGUACGCAACCCAGUCUGAGAGAAUUGUCGCAUCCACCAUUUUAAAUUGUUUUAUAAUCAGAGUUAUGUAAUGAUGUAACUAUUACAAUGAAUGAAUUGUUGCUUUUGCUUUUUUUUCUUUUUGUUCCACAGAAUGGGGGGAGGGUUCACAUAUUUGUCCAUCAUUCUGUCUUAAUCCUUUUCCCCCUUUGAAUUUGGUUUUGCUAAGUCUAUCAUGUUGGUCGUAAUGCUAAGCUUUAACGUAGGAGCCUAUAUAUUCAUGGAGAAAGCCUAAAAAUGUAUAACCUAAAAAUUAAUGUAACUGAUUUACUAUCGAGUAAGAAAAAAAUAAGAAUGAAAUGUGGUUUCUGUGUGUUUUUUGGUUGUUGUUGCGAAAAUAGUUCUAGACUGAAAUCAGUGAUUAUGAUCCAGUAAAGUAUUUUGAGGUAUGUUAAAAGAAAAAAAGAUUGGAUAUUUAAAAAAAAAAAAAAAAAAGAAAAAAAAAGAAGAAGAAGAAAAAAAAAUCACUAAUAGAUGUGUGUGCCCAUGCAUGGCAAG